AUGAAUAAAUUAGAAGGAUUUUAAAAUUAGGAUUGCCAAACAGCUAUAGAAGAAUGCUUCAAAGAGGUAUAAACCAAAAUUGAAGUAUAAUAGUUAAUCUAUAAAUUUAAUAGUCUUCAUUCAAUAAUAUCUAUAUUGAUCUGGAUUCACUUAUAAAUGAGAUUUUUGAUGUACUGAAUGAUAAAUAUCAAAAGUGUAUUUAAAGAUCUCCAUCCUUAAUAAAUUUGCCUUAGAUUAAAUUGGAAGACUAUAAUAUUUUUUAAUAGAUUUGUUAAGACAUAAUAUCAAUAAUCAAAUCUAAAAUUAACAAUUAAGUAUUACUUAAAGAAAAAGAAAAAGAACUUUUAAUAAACAUGAGUUUAAAAUGUGAACAAUAGAUGAUAGAAAUUUUACAAUAAUUGGAAUAGAAAUCAAAUGAAAAGGAUAUCUUAUUAGAAUAAUAAACUUUAUAAAUACAAUAACUAAAUACUCAAUUAAAUAUUCAACAAUCAUCAACUGUAAAAUCUACUCAUACUUAAUCCAAACCAUUCAAUUAUUAAAUUAUAAAAGAAUUUUCUAUUUCAAAAAGUUAUUAAUGUUAUGCUUUAGCUAUUGAUAAUGAUUGUUCAACAUUGGUGGCUGGAUGUUAUUCAACAAUCAAAGUAUUUGAAUUCAACUAAGGAGUCAUCAAAUAAAUUUAAACUUUAAAUGAACAUAAGAGUUUUGUAUAUACUUUAAACUUCAUGAAGAAAUCGAAACAUUUCUUAUCUGGAAGUCUUGAUUCUUCUAUCAUAAUAUGGAAAUACAUAUAAAAUAAUUUAUGGAGUUCAUAAUAGAUAUUAUAUGGACACAGUAAUUAGAUCAAUUGUUUAGUGAUAAAUAAAUAUGAAGAUCUAAUUAUAUCAGGGAGUAAUGAUAACACUAUUAAAUUUUGGAUAAACAAGAAUGAAUGGUUGUGUUAAUAAACAAUUGCUGAUCAUUCUAGUUCUGUAUAUGGAUUAGUUUUAAAUUAAUAAUAAAAUAGAGUAGUAUCAUGUGGACAUGAUAAAGUUAUAUUAAUAAUAGAACAAUCAGGAUAGAAUACAGAAUGGAAAGUAGUAUAAAAGAUGAAAGUUGAUUAGUUUGGAUAUCGAGUAUGCUUUAUUGAUAAUAAUAUGUUCACAUUCUCAUAAGGAGAAAAAGAAUAUAUAUCUGUUUUUGAGAUGAAUACUAUCAAUAAAUUGUUUACAAAGACAAGAGAUAUUAAUAUAAAGUCUGGAUCUGAUAGUGGUAAUUGUUUGUUUCCUUAACAAUAUAUAAAUGGGAAAUGCAUCCUAUUGAGUAAGAAUGGUCAAUACAUCAAUUUGAUAAGGAAAAAAUAAAAUGGGGAGUUGCUAACUGAAUAAUCUAUUCACUUUGGAACUAAUUCUUUAUUUGGAGUAAUGAGUGAUGAUGGUGAGUAUUUGAUUACUUGGGAUGAAAAAUCAAAGUAAAUAUAGAUAAGAAGGUAUAAAGAAUAAUGA